CCGGUGGUUCCACGGUUCCUCUUCGUCUGACAGCAGCUUCAGACAUGACUUGAACUGCCCACCAGAGAGGACCAUUCAUGGGCUACAUUUGUCUCCGGAGGAUAUUUUCCUGAAGCGGUUGAGGCCCCCGGACCGAAACCGAACCACAUCGCCCUGGUCCGGCCAUGGACGAGCAGGCGGGCCCCGGUGUCUUCUUCAACAACAACAACAACUCGGGUCUGCCCGGCGGUGGGAGUAUCAAACCUCCACAGACUGGCGACGUCGGCGGCGGAGAGGCGGCCAGGGCUCAGUACAGCAUCCCAGGGAUUUUACACUUUCUCCAGCAUGAGUGGGCUCGGUUCGAGGUGGAGCGGGCACAGUGGGAGGUGGAACGGGCCGAACUGCAGGCUCAGAUCGCCUUCCUGCAGGGGGAGAGACGCGGUCAGGAGAACCUGAAGAAGGACCUGGUGAGACGAAUCAAGAUGCUGGAGUACGCCCUCAAACAGGAGAGGGCCAAAUACCAUAAGCUGAAAUAUGGAACAGAGCUGAACCAGGGAGAGAUCAAGCCUCCGAGUUAUGAUUCAGAUGAGGGCAACGACAGCGAGGUUCCCAGUCCUCCAAACAGCAGCCAUCAGCUCAGCUGGAAACAAGGACGUCAGCUGCUGCGACAAUACCUGCAGGAGGUGGGAUACACCGACACCAUCCUGGAUGUGAAGUCUCAGAGGGUGAGAGCGCUGCUUGGCCUGACCGGAGACUCCAGGGAGACGCCCGCUGAGAAGAAACCCGAGCCCAUGGUCAACGGCACCGAGCCGUCCUCGCUGAAGGACAGCGGCAUGAUCAGUAAACCUGACAUGACGGACUCUGCCACUGUGUUGGAGGCCUUUAAGUUCAUUGAGAGCGCUGCAGCAGAGUUUAGCGACGAGGAUGAGGAGGAGGACAGCGAGGGGAAGACCAUCCUGGACCUGGCUGCAAUGAUGAGGAAGAAACAGCUGUCUACCCCCUCUUCCACGACCUCUGACCUCAGCGACGACCCUGACACAGAGGAGGCCCUGAAGGGUUUUGAUUUCCUGGCGAGUCCAGAUGAGCUGGAUGGGUCGCCGGAGCCCAGAAGCGGAGAGGACAGCGGAGAGUGGGGAUCCCCUGCCUCCAUGUUUCCUCCUGAUUCACUUCCUUCAUCAUGCUCCCCUCCCCCUCCUCCUCCUCCAGGACCAAACCGGUCCAAGCUGCAGGACAUGCUGGCUAACCUGCGGGAUGCUGAGGAGCUUCCCCCCAUACAGCCUGCUGUGACGCCCCCCUCCCGGCCCAGUGUACCCAGACUCAAUGAGCAUGAUCUGGGACGUCCAGAUGAAGAGGCGAUGACGUUCCUGCCAUCACCAGGGAAAUCCUUCAUACUGGGCAGAGUGGACGAGGCGGUUUCUAACGAGCUUGGACGAGAACUGGCUGGACUGACGGUGGCCAACGAGGCUGACAGCCUGGCGUACGACAUCACCAACAACAAAGAUGCUCUGAGGAAGACUUGGAACCUGAAAUUCACCCUGCGGAGCCACUUUGACUCUGUGCGCAGUCUGGCCUUCCACCCGGUGGAGCCGGUCCUGGUCACCGCCUCUGAGGACCACACCCUCAAACUGUGGAACCUACAGAAGACGGCGCCCGCCAAGAAAUGUGCUGCUUUAGACGUGGAGCCCAUCUACACUUUCAGGGCCCACAGCGGGGCGGUGCUGUGCGUCACCAUGAGCUCCAGUGGUGAGCAGUGCUUCAGUGGCGGGGUGGACGGUACCAUUCAGAGCUGGAACACCCCCAACCCCAAUGUCGACCCCUAUGAUUCUUAUGAGCCCUCGGUCCUGCGGGGGGCGCUGUGCGGCCACACGGACUCGGUGUGGGGUCUGGUCUACAGCUCGGCUCAUCACCGCCUGCUGUCCUGCUCGGCCGAUGGGACAGUGCGCCUGUGGAGUGCCGCUGACACCUCGCCGUCUCUCGCUGUCUUCAACGAGAGCGGAGAGCUGGGCGUGCCCACCUCCGUGGACCUGGUGAGCAGUGAGCCGGCUCACAUGGUGACGUCCUUCUCUACCGGACACAUCGGGCUCUUCAACAUGGAGACGCAGCAGCUCAUCCUGAAGCUGGAGUCUGCCGGCCCGCCAGAAGCUCCCUGCAAGAUCAACAGAGUUCUGAGUCAUCCCACACUGCCCAUCACCAUCACAGCUCAGGAGGACCGGCACAUCCAGUUCUUCGAUAAUAACACAGGGAAGCUGAUCCACUCCAUGGUGGCCCACCUGGACUCUGUCACCAGUCUCGCCGUGGAUCCAAACGGACUAUACCUCAUGUCUGGAAGUCACGACUGUUCGAUCCGUCUGUGGAACAUGGAGAGCAAAACCUGCAUCCAGGAGUUCACCGCCCACCGCAAGAAGUUCGAGGAGUCCAUCCACGAUGUAGCGUUCCACCCCACCAAGUGCUACAUCGGCAGUGCCGGGGCCGACGCGCUCGCUAAGGUCUUUGUAUGACCUGAGGCUGCAGCUGACUGGGGAGGCGCCCUGAUGGAAGAAGCUGGAGUGUGUGACAACGUCAUGACCGAGCUGAGAACUGAAGGUGACAGGGACACGCACUGCUCCCUUAACAUUUGUCAAAUACCUGUCCCCACCCCCUUCCUGCACUCGGGCUGGCCCGGGUCUCGAAACAAACAAACCUCCAGAUGAGAAGACAAAUGAAAGCAAAAAAGGAAGAGGCUGAAAAAUAAGACCAGGAGGCCUCGGUACAUUUUCCUGAAGCUGAAUCUUGUCUGUGUUCUCUCUGACCCCGAGCACUCCACGUGUCUGUUGGUGUUGCUUUGAGAUGUUUGUCAUGAUAACGUGCCUUUUUUCUCCAGAGCAUACUUCCUUUUAGGUGCAGAGGAUUAGACGUCACCGGUCCGACUCUGCACAGCACUGUUGGAUUUUUGAGUUUAAAUUAAUUUGCUGUAAUUUUUAUUUUUCUUCCUAAACAAACACUAAGUUGUGUCUACAGUCCAUAGGAGUCGACUUGGAUUGGCCUGAUUUUGGAGCGCUGUCCGUCAUGAGGGCGGAGUUAUCAUCCUGGAAACGCCCCCACAGGGGAUCGAAGGUCAAAGGUCAUGAUGCUGAGCUGGUCUGGAGUUAGUUUGCAUGCUAGUUAACCGUUUGCAGUUGCAGCUAGCACCAGUGCUGCAUCCCAGGCUUAGACCAGAGAUCAGCUCCAGUCUGACUCUGUUUGAUGCGUCUCCUGUAAAGAAAUUAUUUUAAAAUGUCACUUAAGUUCUUAAAGUUAAAUUAUUGAAUCUUGAAUUGGAUUUGCAUCAGGUGAGUUCAGGUCAAGCUGGCAGCAAACCGAACAGCGGCGUGUCGUCCUCGCUCCCACCCGAGCUGAGACCCUCUCGGCUCAGCGGCGCAGCGAAGCCGGUCCCAUGUUCAGUGUUUGGGUCGUUGUACCCGAAAUGAAAUGUCACGUCAGACCGUCUGGGAGAACCACACUAAUCCAAAAUACUUCUGGUCUGAAUUCAUGGCCGAUCAUUUCCAGUUUCAAGGCUUUUGUUCACAGAGUUGUAAAAUAUUUAUCGAGUUUGUUCCGAGUCAGUAGUUUUGAUCAACGUCAUGGUGACGAGGCUGCUUUUUAAUGUGUAUUGAUAGUUGAAUGUCACGAUGACCUGCAGCCAGAACAACCUGCAACGAAGCCUUUCUCGUUUCUUUCUUUAACUUUAGUCGCAUUAAGUAUUUAUUAAAUUUAAACUGCCAAAUUAAAGAUUCAGCUGAGAUGAUGAGAUGCUUCCUGUUUAACCCGACAGCUGGUGUUGCUAAUGCUAAUUAGCUCCUUUGUUGUAACAUAGCAGUAGUGCUCAGACUGUGGGUAACACCUGUUUAGUCCCCAAGCUGCUCCCUCCACAUUUCUACAUGCUUUAUAUUCUGACUGCCUGAAAAUAUUGUAUUUUGUGUAACUAUUGGAGCAGUUACUAGUUUUUUAAGCUCUUCUUUGUGUUUGGUGACAGAUGUGUAAAAUACAGGUAGACUUUAUAAAGAUGUGAUUCUCUGUUUUACUUGAA